ACUCGUAUUUGUGAUUACAUCCUCUUUAUGAAUGGGGAAAGAAGUCAGUUUUGUUCUCUGUGACUUAAGUGGGUGAUGGAAGUCCUGAAGUCUGGUCUCAACAAGCCUUUUGCAGAUGAGUAUUCUAGCUAUGGUAGAAGAGGCAGUAACAAGCAGUUUGAAGAUGUAAUUAGAAGAAAGCCUUUCAUAUCAUGAUCAUAACAGGAAUCACUUUAAGUAAAAAAGACCAGGCAAAUGUUUUAGUACUUCCAAUUUACAGAUUAAUUCCUGUGAUCAGAAUCUGAACCGAUGCUGUGAAAUAAUAGAAAUGAACUCCGUGAUUCAAGGGCAGCUCUUCACAAUCCUCAGUGAAACAGCUCGAGAAGGUGGGCAUUAUGCAGGUGUGGAAACAAUAAAAUCUCGUCUCCUGCCAUGGCUUGGGACUUGUUUUUCCAGUGCUACUUCAGGAAGACCCUUUGCAACUAAUCUCUCUCUCACUCAGGAUUCAAUGGAGAAAGAGAGGCAGCUGAGAAAGUUUGCCGGUAGUCAGACUUUUGAACUGCAGGAGCUGCAGAAAGAACUGACUUCUACUCGUCUACAGCUCAGCCAUGUGCAACAAGAUCUGACCGAAACCCAGUUGGCUCUUGAAGACACAAAGGCAAAAUCAGCCACUACUCUUUUGGCAGCAGAAGAUGAAAUUGUUCAGCUAAAAGCAGCUCUGAAGGCUUCCCAUGCCCAGGAGGAGAACGCUCUGAGGAACUUAGAUCGUCUGAAUGACUAUGAGCAGCAGAUUCAAAUACUGAAGGAUGAGAUUUCAAUUUUGGAUGCCCAAAAAUCUGUUCUGCAAAGCAGACUUGCAAGGAGCCGUUCUCCUUCCCCAAGACACAGUCAGAGUAGAUCACCUAGUCCACUUCCCCUGAGGAGCUGCUCACCUGGCCGAGCCAGACUUACAAAUGCUUCGCGUCAUGCCUACCUGGUGGCUCGCUUCGGUGACAUUUAUGCUCAAGAACGCUUGGAUGCAGAGACCCUUCUGAGGACAUACAUCAGCGACAUGGAGAUGGUUCAGAGGAUAAUAUACAUCGCAGCUGUGGAGUCUUUUCAUGCAGCAAAGAUGGCCUACAGGCAUUUCAAAAUGCGUGUAAGAAAAACUCUCUCUCUAGGUCACUCAGGGCCUGAGUCACUUGAAGACACUGUCCUGGAUUAUAUAGUUCGCCAUGAGGAUCUGUAUGAUGUUCAAGCCAGUGUCAAUGAGGUAAUCCGUUCCAUGAACAUCAACCCAAAGAUUUCAUUCCCACCAGAAAUUGAUUUCAUUGUGAUUAGCAGUUUGAUUCGAGAGCUGUGCCGUGUGGCAUUUUCAAUGCAGACACUGAUUCCUCCUCUUGAUAUUGCUUUUGGUACAGAUGGAGAACUUUUCAAUGAGACCAAGUACCGUCGUAGCUUUGACUCUGAUUUCACAGCUCCCUUGGUGGCCUAUCAUGUGUGGCCUGCUCUGAUUGAAAAUGAUAUUGUAAUUGUGAAGGGAGAGGCAGUUACGAAAAGAGGAGCUCUGUGGUCUCACAGGAGCAGAAGUAGAAGCAGAAGCCGCAGCCGUAGCAUGAGUCCUCUUCGAUCUCAUUGUGUAAGCCCCAGCUGAGAGCUAUCUCGAAGCCACAGUUCUUCACCAUUAAGGAGCGGAAGCCCAAGGCUUUAGGUUAACUGGAUAUGUUUCUGUGAUUCAGUACAUCCGGAUCAGUCAACUUCAGUGGUGCCUUCUCCUCUUCCAUGAGUACCUCAGAUCUCACAGUAAUGUGAAUGGCAGUUGUUUGUCGCUCCAAAUGGGGGUGUUAUGUUGUUUUUUCUCAGUGUGUUUUUAUAAUUAUAGAAGGUUUAUUUAUAAUUUCAGAAACUAAUUCACCCCUUUUGAUUUAAAAAAAAAAAAAAACAAAAAGAAUAAGGUACGUAUAAUAUAGGAUCAUACUCAUUUGGCAAAGUUUACAGAGCUCUGAGGAACCCAUGUUGUAAUGUUGCAGCCGUAGAUAGAACGGUUGCAUCUAGGAUGUUUUCCCCAAAUACCAGAGCAUGCAGUUCAUCUUGAUAGGAUGCUUGAUAUGUCCAAAAUUGUAAGUGUUACAGAUGUUGAGAUUAGCUAUUACUUGAAAACAAUUUCAUUCAAUGGUGCUUAUUUACAAUUUUAGGAAACAGUACUAAUCUCAGGAUGUGUGAAUCUCACACAGGAUCAUUUUGAAUAUCUCCUUACGAUAAUCUGAAUUUUCUAACUACAAUGUAGAAGUCACACAGAGCAGCCAUAAGUUGCCAGUAUUUUAUCAAUGCCUAGGACUUUAUUCAUGUUUAUUUAUGAAAGCACGCUACCAGGUGUGUACUUUUAACAAAGCAGUAAUAGUCCUUGUUAAAUGAAUUCUGUUACUUAAGAAAUCAAUAUCCCAAAGAUUUGUAAUUUGGACCUUAAAAUAUUUUGAAAAUGUGUGACUGACUAUUUGCAGGCUUGAAAUAUUUGCUGACGGUGGCCUAACUAUUCAGUAUCAUUUUUAAUGGACAUCACACCAGACUAAUAGAUUAGUAAUUCUUGUGAAUGCGGGCACAAAAACCUGGCCCUUUAUCACUUGCUGUGGGUAUUUAUCACAUUCUAAAUGUAAAAAUUGAAGACCUGAAAACUUUUUCUUCUGACAUUUUUAAAUAUUUUUUUGUUCCACUUGUAAAAGUUGAUUUUAAUAUCAGCAUUUUUGUUUCUAAGAGAACUGACACUGUCUUUCUCUUCGAACCUCAUCUGUAGGGCCAGCCUUAAACACAAGCCACACAAGUGACUGUUUGGGGCCUUGUGCUUUUCCGUAAGAACAUAGGAUUUGUCAUAAUGGAUCUGACCUUUAAUUUACCAAGUCCACUGUCUCGUUCCAGUCAAUAUCUGAUGCUUCAAAGGAAUGCGGAAAUUUCCCCAAAUUCAUCUCUGCAAUUUUGGAAUAUUAACAGUUGGAGGGAGGAAAAAUUCCUUUCUCUCUCCUGUUGCAAUCAUCCUGUGUCCUGGAACAUGACACUUCAUUACUAUUGCUAUAAUGAAAUCAACAAAUACAUAUUUUAUUAGUUCUGAAAUUAUUAACUCUUAAAAUUAAGUUACAUGAACAAAUUCUGUGAUCCCUUUCCAGGGACCUUGUGCUGAUUUACCUGUCUAUUCUCUUUCUCUUUGCUUCUUGUGUGGUUUAAGACUUUGGCAGAAGGCUCUAUAAAUAUCAAGAUCAGAUUUCAGGCAGACUUUUGUACUGGUCCCCAUGAGCCGUCGAGCAACUGAGAAAUUACUUCUACAGGUGUAUUUUCAUUGGAGUUAGGCCUCUUAGUCACCAGAGCAAAAUGAGGUCCUGUAUAUGGAGAGUCAUUCACAGGACUGUUCUGAAUGAACUAAGGGGACACAAAUGAAAGGAGCACCCGUGUAUGUGGUAUGCUUUCUUGUUGUCUAAGCAAGUCGCAAAAGAAAUCUGUUUCCAAAGCAAUCUCUUUCCUCUUCUGAGAGCCUUCCUGUCAGUCACAGCUAUGGGUCUGGGCUUGUGAUAAACCUGCAUAUUUCUGCACUGAUCUCAUGACUAAAACACCACAGUUCUAGAGAAACUGAGCACCUGCAGCUUGUGCUGCAACCAAGGGUAAUUAUGUGUUUUUUAGUAUGAGUUUGAGCAGCAAAAUGAAGAAUCUCUUAGAAUCUCCUAAUUACCAAGGGCUAAAGAGAUACAGGGUUUUUUAUAAUUAGAUAUUUUAUGUUUGACUUCUGCAUGUAAUUACAAGACAUGUCUGUGGUUUUAUUAUUUUGAGGUGAGGUUGUUUCCAUACUAACUGUAAGAAAACUAAAACUAUAUCAAGAAAGUAUGUUUUUCUUGAAAAGUACGACAGCCAGGGUAGACCCAGACUCAUACACCUGUAAUGCCACUAGGAACUAGUAUUCUCCAGCAUCUAAAAAUGCAGUACAAGAUGGAUUCACAGUGCUUGGUGGACCAUCUCAUCUUGCUCCGCAGCAGGCACUAGUUUAUCUAGUAGUCUCAAAGCAAAAGAGGAAGCUAGACAUUGACAGACAAUGACUUGUUCUUGCAGUGAGAAAGUAGCAGUAGGAAUUUCUUGCAUAAUGUUUCAGAGCUGACCGUUUUUAGCAAAGUAAGAAGGCAGUCUCAGUACAGUAACUUAAUUCAUUAGUUAAAGAGUUCUUACUCUUUACACAAUUGUACUUUGCAGCCAGUAAGUAGUCUUUUUAUAGGAAUGUACUGUUUUGUACUAGUUACCCGCAUAGCCUAUUUAUAGCCAGUUAAAUCUAUAGGCCAGACAGAGGAUUGCUUUUAGUGUCAAGUCAGACAUUAAUAGCUCCUGUGCUUCUUUUUAUCCACAUGAUGCCAGUGUAGAGUGUAAAAACUAAUAAAGAUCAGUCUAUAUGAUUGUAUGGACUUAACUGUUGAGUACAAAAGAGCUUUAUAAAAAGGGAUUCCUGUAAUUGCCUGUUAGUUCUGUGAAUGGAGCAUGACUGUGAAAUGGAGGAUUUGAUAUUUUAAUAAGACUUUUAAAAAUGUUAAGUGAGAUCAGUUGUUUCUCCCCCCUGCCCUAAAUUGCAAGCUCGGGUAAUGCCACACUUUUAAAUACAGAAAAGUAGAAUCGUUCCUGUAAGGGUGAACUCUUAUAAGUGACCAAAAAAAAAAUCAGCAAGGCUUAUAUUACAAGAAAAUUGUAGGACACUAUUACUUAUGAUCAAAGUGAUAAUACCAGGGAAAAUAAGGCUACAUUUUGAGCUAAUUUAAACUCUUUAGAGAUGGACUGAUGGCAGUGAGACCGCACAUGAUGUAAAAAAGCACCACAGUUGGGCCAAGGUAUUCAUGUAGGACAGCACAUGUGUUUGCAAGGGCUUUUGUGAUCGCUGAAGAAUUUCUCCUGCACAUCAGCUCUUUGAAGGCUGAUUAUAUGUGGCUCAACUCAAAGGCUAUCCCAGAGCCAGUGUAAAUUUGUGGAUGUUUUACUACCCAUUUCUGGGAAACUGGAUGGCAUCAAAAUGUCGUCAAUCUUCCUCCUUCAGUGUUUGCAACUGAAUAACAUAAAGUACAGACUGCGGAGUUGUGCAGUCAUGCAGAGUUAGCAGAUACCAAGGGCAAAUGGCUCAGCUAAAAUUCCUACUGCAGAAUGAAGACUUGAAUUCAGAAACUAUCUCAGAUUGAUUAUCCCAAAAUCCUGAUAGGAAAGAGAAAGUUGGGGGAAGGAAGCUGGUGGAGCCCUCCCAUUUCAUGUGGGUGGCCAUGAACUGUGGUGCUGUUUCAGUCUUGCAAGAGGCUCUGGAGAUAAACUAACACGUUUGCGAUAAACUGAUGCAAAAAUACUCUACAGCUGAGAGAAAGCAAAUGAGAAGGCCAAAAAUUAUCAAAAUGCUCCCUGGAAAACAUUAUGUCCGUAUGUUCCCCUGGGAUUUGUACCUUUUGAAGUUUACUUUUAUACUGCAUGUAUGUACUGCAAAAGUUUGCUAUUCUGUAAAAGUGCCAUCAAAAUUAAACAGUAUUCUUCAUCUUUA